AUGAAGGCAGGAAGAAGAAGGAUAGGCAGCAGAUCGGCGUCGACAUCUGCUCCCAUACUCACGAUAGCCCUCAGUAUCGUCGCGAGCGUUGCUGCCAUCCCGAUCGAUUACUUUCCACUGAACUCCCAGUUACCGCCCGUAGCGCGCGUUUCCGAGCCCUUCACUUUCACCCUUUUGCCGCAGACCUUCUCCUCGUCGCUCGACAUCACGUACAGCCUGUCGGCCGAUGCGCCGGCCUGGCUCUCGCUCGAUAGCGACACCCGCACACUGUCCGGGACGCCGGGGGACGAGGAUGUGCCGCGGACCUCAGGAGCGGCGGGGGCUGGAGAAGCAGCGGUGGUCGGCGUACCCAUCUCACUGGUGGCGACGGACGCAACGGGCAGCGCAACGUCGAACGCGACGCUCGUGGUGUCACGCGACACAGCACCCGCAGUUGCCUUGCCCCUGGCCGAGCAGAUUUUCAAGUUCGGCGCAUAUUCGGCGCCGUUGUCACUGUUGCUACCCCCGAAACGAGACUUCUCGUUUGAAUUCGCAGAAGACACCUUCCAGACCAACGGCAACCAGUCGCAACUCAGUUACUACGCAGUAUCCGAAGACAACGCGCCACUACCGUCCUGGGUCACGUUUGAUUCGGGCACCCUAGCCUUCUCGGGUACCACACCUCCUUUCGAGUCUCUGGUCCAACCGCCGCAGACUUUUGGGUUCCAGCUUGUGGCCUCGGACGUGGUGGGCUUCUCGUCAGCAGCAAUCCCGUUCUCGAUCGUGGUCGGGGUCCACGAGCUCACAUCAGAUGUGCCGGUAAUCAAGCUCAACACGACACGCGGCAUGCUCCUCGAAUAUACGGAUCUGCCGCAAGUGCUGAAGAUAGACGAUCGCCCACUGCAAAUGGAAGACGUGGCUUCCAUCACGGCUGUCAACCUGCCACCCUGGUUCGCCUUCGACGGGGAGACAUGGGCUUUAACCGGAACGCCAGAUUCCAAGGCCAAACCGACAAACGUCACGAUCGCGGUCGUGGACCAUUUCACGGAUAGCCUCAACGUAACGCUGGCGAUUGAGUUUGAAGACGCGCUCUUCGUGUCUGACUUACCGGACCUGAACGUGACGGUCGGCGAUGACUUCUCGUUUGGCUUGAAGCGAUUCUUAUUCGACCCCAUGGACACGGAGGUUACGGUCGAGAGCGAGCCGGACGGGCCCUGGGUCCAUUUUGACGACUCGUCGUUGACGCUCUCGGGAACGGUUCCAGAACCACUGUCUGCCGGAUUCGCGAAUGAAGUCCGCGUCACCUUUAACGCCACCUCUAGGAGGACCGCGGCUGUAGAGAUCAAGUAUAUGAACAUCCACGUCGCACCGCCCACCACGUCAGGUCCCACGAAACCUACCGCAACACUUGCCCCUAAACCGACUUCCGAGUCCAGCGGCUCCGACAAAAGCCUGCUCUGGCUCAUCAUAAUACCCGUGCUUCUCAUACUAGCGAUAAUCCUGUUACUGUUCUAUAUGCGCAGGCGGCGGCAGCGACCGAAUAACUUCAAUGUUGGAGAUGUAUCCGCGCCCAUACCUGGCACUUUCGUAGCGAACGGGUCGGCCGGAUCUCUGCAUGACAUGCAGAAGAUGCUGGACCUUGGGCCACCGCAUGCAGAGGGCAGCACGUCGGUGCAUCAGACAGAGAGACUCGCAGCUGCUAAUUCGUCGAACUUGCGGUCCUCUUAUGCGACGUCGGAUCCGAGAGUGCACCGCGGAGAGGCCACGGGCCCGCACGCCUUCACGAUGCAUUCGGGCGCGGUUAGGCCGACCAGGCACAGUAACAUUCUCCUAGAAUCCAGAGACUCGUGGCUCGCAGGCCACACAGGACAAUUCGCAGAGAAGAACGGAGACACGGACCAGGUGAGCCUGCUGUCGGAUACGAGUCUCGGGGAAGGCGACGAUCAUGUCACGCAAGCUUCAUCGUCCAGUGCGGGUCGUUACCCUGGAGAUCAGGUCAGGAGUAACUGGCUAGAGGUUCCAAUGAUCGGGGAGCCCUUCAGUAUACAGCAUACGCCCGAAGUUGCGUACACGGCGGGAAGGGGGUACGAGUAUAGCUCCGACGAGGAUGUCCUUCCAGCUGUCGGAUACGCCACACGGCCGAAGUCAGGACAGCAACAGGAGAAGGGGCUCGGGCUGCGCGGUGUUGGUCACCGGCUCUCCAAAGCCUGGAUACAGGGGAAUGCAUCCAAGCUCCUAAACGACAUAAAGCGUCACAGUACCCACAGCACCUCUACAGCCUUGACAACGCGCACAAGUAUCCUCACGUCGUGCGUUGCUGAGGAGGCCACCAAGACAACUGCCAAUGUGAUUACAAAACCGACCGUAGUCCAUAUCCCCAGCAAACCCGGCGAGGCACGGCGAGUCAGCCGGAGGACGCACGGCACGACACCGUUGUUUGGUGGCGGCUCGGUCAUCAAGUCGCCACGAAAUCUGAGGUUGUCGGCUUCCACGUCGUCAGCGUCCGUCAAUGAUGAGCUGCCGCUACCGCCACCGGCCUUUAAGGAAUCCACUGUCGCAUCCUGCGAUAGCGAUACGGCGUGGAAUCGGCUCGCAAGGAACUCCUUGGGCAUCGCAUACAAGGACCUUGUCCGGGCAGGCCCGGCAGAGAGAAGAGCAUUACUCAGGGAGCGAGAUCCGUUGGCCGGCCUCUCGCAGAGUGAUAAUUGGCGAACCCACCAUACCACGCACCAGCUCAUGUCGCCUGACCAAUGGCCAAUACCUGACAAUUUUACCGGCAUAGGAAUCCCUCCUGAAGCGACCCGGAAUAGAAGCGAGCCGCCUCAGACUGCGCCCUUGAAGAGGGUCACGACGACAGGCGAACCAGCUACACCCAGGGGCAAAGGCAAAGGCAGAGCGACCCAGACUCGUCGUGCUUCUCGUGGGUCCGGGUCCGACUCUCUCAAGUCACAGACGCCGUCAACAUCUUCGAGAACCAAGCGCAGGUCUUCGCGCCAGGGAAGUUUGCGCAUUAGCCGAAUUCGAGAGAAGCGAGCUACCGACGAGCUUCGUGCCACGAUUUCACAUACGCCCUCAUCAAGCAACGAGUGGGCUCUGCCGGCGGCCAUGAGGCCCUUGCCCGAGACGCCGACACGACCGAGCAGAGCGCCACUGACCCAUCGUCUGAACGCGUCGAACGCCAGACCGGGAGACAGAAUGCUAGGGGGGAGAAGCGCAGUCUCCAAGCGGAGCCAAAGAACAAUGCGCAGUGCCAAAAGCGUACCGAGUGUAUGGGCGGACGACAACGAGGACGACGACGACGCGUGGGAAGAUAUACGACCACCUGAGUCGACGGUUGGUGGCUGGGACGAGGAGCAAAGUGAGGGAAGCUUUUUGGCCUAUAUCUAG